UGUCUUAGGUAGCUCAAUCAGACCCUCAAAAGCAGAGUGCAAAGCACUGAGGAUAUUUUCAACCAGAGCUACCUGAAGAACUCCCAGAAUGAGCCAAGCUGAGGAAAGCAGUAACCAUUCAACAUGGAAUGUUGUGAGGUCAAUAGUCUGCAUAAUACUGAGCUUGUCAUUUGUUAUUGGGACUCCUGGAAAUUGCAUCGUCAUCUGGACUGUUUGUACAAAAAUGAAGAAAGCAUCUCCUUCAGUCCUGUUGAUCUUGAACCUGGCCAUUGCAGACGUCCUUGUACUAAUUACUUUGCCAAUCUGGAUUUACUCUUUUGCUGACUCAUGGGUUUUUGGAGUAGUGUUCUGCAAAAUACUGGUUUUCAUUAUUUACUGCAGCAUGUAUGCAAGUAUAUUUCUAAUUACAGCACUGAGCUUGGAGCGAUUAAUGGCUGUGUUUUACCCUUUCACAAUUCAGAGAUACAAAACAAAAGGAAAGAUUUCAAUAAUCAUGUUCCUCAUUUGGUUCCUGUCUAUUGCUUUUGGCAUCUCUGUGAUUCCAUUUCAAGAGACGGAAGAAAUAAACAACCGCCUGUACUGCACAUGUCGCAACUACUCUUCUACUAGACAGCAAGUGUCCUAUCUUUUGCUGGAGACUCUUGCAGGAUUUGCAAUCCCUUUUUUAAUUAUUUGCACUUGUUACGUGUGUGUUGCAAGAAGAAUAAGCAGAAUGACUUACCAAUCAAAGCAGCGAUCAGAACGCCUCAUUGCCAGCAUUGUGGUGGCAUUCUUUUUAUGCUGGUUCCCUCACCACUUCUUUAACAUCCUAGAUAUUAUUUCAGUUCACAUAGAACACUCUAACAAGGAAAUGUCUCUGACACUGGACGAAAUUGUAGACAGAGGAGUCUACAUCUCUGGAGCGCUUGUAUUCAUCAGUAGCUGCAUUAACCCUCUACUUUACGCUUUUGCAGCACGAAGAUUUCAGAAUCACCUGAGAUUUGCCAAGAUAUCAAAGCUGUUUGAGCAGAUGAGCCAUACUGUAACAGAGGAAGGCAAGAAAAAAAGUUUGUCUGAAACCAAACAAGAAGAUUCUUUAGUAAGCACAGAAAAACUCUAACAAGGAAUAUACAUUUAAUGGUGUGGUUUUAUGUCAUUCCUUCACUAGUCUUUUCUCUGUAUAUUCUCAGUUUCAUUUAUUAAUCAGUCCAAGUCAAAGCUAGGCACCAGAAAACAUUAGGGUUGGUUUUGUCUGUUUUGAAAGAACUGUAAUUGACAGUCUAGUUCAGUUCCCAAGUUAAUGUUCACAUCGUAAGAUUAGCAUUAUGGUGCUAAGAACCUCAACAAGGUGGAUAGAAGCUCAGAGUGUAAGAAAUUUUUACUUUCCAUCAAAAUUACCUGUGAAUUCUAGACAAUCUGUAUGCAGAAAAUAGAAAAUUACUGUAUAUGGUAAAUGAAAGCUUGGAAGGCUAAAUCUAAGUUUUCCUUCAGGAAAAAGGUGUUCAAUGCUCAAAAAUCCUUAUAUAAUCUUAGGUUUUAAGACAGCAUACUUAAAUUCAUUAUAUGGGUAAGAAAGUUUUAAGUAUGUAAUGACAUAGUGCUCUUGGGUAGAUGGAAAAUCUAAAGCUGUCCUUAUUCAUUGUCUAAAGCUGUCCUU